AUGUCGGUUUCAGACCUCAUUGACUGGCUUAGUCUAAGCAAGACUUCGCCGCAGGUCAAGGUCACGACCCUCCCGAUCACCUACUUCAAAUUCCCUCCAGCACCAGAACCAACGACUGUACCUCCUCCGCCAGUAAACGAACCGACCCUUGCGCACCCAUUCACGAUUCCCACGGACGUGUAUAAUGCCCUCCUCUCUCCACAUGUUCCAAUCACGGUCGCACUGGUGUAUAUGUCACUGGUUUCCUUCCUGAACUCGGUCAACGCGAAUCGCAAGUACAAGCCAUGGGCGUUCAGUAGGACAUAUGUCUUCAAAUUUCUCGUCAUUGUCCACAAUAUCUUCCUGGCUGUUUACUCGGCAUGGACGUGCGUGGGUAUGGUGAAUGCCUUGCGUUUGUCUCUGCCGGAAUGGAAUCAAGACUGGAAGGUCGCAGGAACAGUGGACGCCCUUUGCAAAAUCCACGGACCAAGGGGAAUCGGAAGUGCUGCGACAUACAAUGCAACCACCAGCGCAUGGCAAAUGACGAAUCGCGUAUUGCACCUAGCUGCUGAUGGACUUGGUCCUGACAACACAGAUGUGGGCCGUAUCUGGAAUGAAGGGCUGGCGUUCUAUGGAUGGCUUUUCUACCUUUCCAAGUUCUAUGAAGUUGUGGACACACUGAUCAUCUUAGCUAAGGGCAGGAAAAGCAGUCUCUUGCAAACCUAUCAUCACGCUGGAGCGAUGCUGUGUAUGUGGGCUGGAAUUAGGUAUAUGUCUCCACCCAUCUGGAUGUUUGUGCUCGUCAAUUCUGGCAUCCACUCAAUUAUGUACACAUUCUAUCUCUGCUCAGCAGUUGGAAUAAAGGUUCCCAAAUGGUUCAAGCAGACCCUGACGACACUACAAAUCACACAAUUCGUUGUUGGCGCCACAUAUGCUUUCUUACACCUCUUUGUUGCCUAUCAGAUUCCAGUCAGCAUCCCUUACAUCCAUCAUGUUGGAGAAGUCGCCUCGAAGGUCAUGACAGAGGCUCCCACAGAGAUCACUUCGAGUGUGUCAACGGCAAUCUCGACUGCUUCAGCCGGUAUGGGAGCUUGGCUGAAGAAGGCACUCCUACGAGGUGCAGGUUACGAGGGUCUUGCAGAAAACGUGUUGAACGAAAAGGGCCAGCCAUUUGGAGUUGAUGCUGUCCACAUUGUUGAAGAUGUCAUCAAGAGAGAAGAGACAAGGUACAGGGAGGAGCUGCAAUGGGUUCAGUGUCUGGACACGAGUGGCCAAGUCUUUGCGAUCCUGCUGAAUUGCAUGUACCUCUUGCCUUUGACGUGGCUGUUCUUACAGUUCUUCGUCACGUCUUACCUCAAACAAGUCGAGAGGCGGCGUAGUCGAUCAGCCAGCGACACUGCGAUGGUCGCGCGAAAGAGCUUCCAAGAUGCAUCGAAAGGCGUGGUGCGACGGCUUAGCGAGGCUGUUGAAGAGAUGCAUCGCAUCUCUGAAGAUAUUGGAGACGACACUGUGAUUGUGGAUGGUGAUGAGGUCAGGAGAGAAUUGAAAGAGGCUGCGGAACAAGCCAAGAGCACGGUCCAGGCACACUCAGCAAAGGCCAAGCAGGCGGCCAGCGCUAACUCCGAAAAGGUGCGACAGGAGUUUCAGCGUGACAUGGAAAAGGCCAGGAAGAAUCUACACGAUACCGCCGAAAAGGUCAAGAGUACUGUUGCAAAGGUCGGGGACGAUGAGACGAGAGAGAGUAUCUCAGCAAAGGCGCAAGCUGUGGCGGACUCUACCGCUGAAACGGUGGAGAAGGCCAUGGAGAGCGUCAAGUCUACGGCGCAAAUUGCUACAGAACAAACCCAGCCAGCUGUCGAUUAUGUCGCGGAGAAGGUGGGAGAGUUGAAAGCACAAGCCCAACCUGCUGUUGACUACGCCACAGGCAAGGCCGGAAAUCUGAAAGAACAGCCCGGACCAGCCCCUGAUUACGCCGCUGAAAAAGUGACUGAACUAAAAGAACGCGCCGCUGAGGCGUCCCAGAUGACGAACUCCCAGUCUCAAGAAGAUGCCCAGGAAGCCACAAAGUCAGAAGGAACCGCAGGUGACGAAGAGAAAGACACUGCAGAAGUAGAACCAGAAGAAGCCGAAAGCAAGGCUGAGUCUAUCAAAGAGGAGAUCGAGGAACAUUUGGAGUCGGCACAAGACACGACAACAGAAGAGGCGCAAUCUCAAUCAUCGGUAGAAAAAUUCACAUCUGAGUCGAACUCCCCAAACGGAAAUGGCACCGCCGGCGAAGAGGAGACUGGUCCCAGCGCGAAUCUGAACCAAACACAGUCUGAGGAGACGACGGGGGUAGGGGCGCGCGAGAGUGAACAAGCCAACAGUGAGAAAAGGGAAGAGGACAAGAUCAUAGAUGAAAGUCAGGCGGUAAGGGAUGAGGAUGUGGACGUCGACGGUGACAAGAAGGAUGAGGAUGAAGGCGGUGCGAACGGAGAGGGACGCAGCUGGGCGGAAGUUGUUAAAAAGGGUUCCAAUGGGGAAGGAAAAGAAGAGACAAAAGAAGGAGAACUUGACAAAGACAAGGAGGGUUGGGGAAUCUGA